AUCUUCUUAAGUCGGUCUGCGGCGACAACGCAAGCGGUUACUUCACGAGGAAGUAAUAGAAGUUGAAGUGGGAAGAUGUUUAAUUAACCUUUACAGUUUGUAAAAUUUAAUGUAACAGUUAAGCAAAGGUCAUGUGGAAAGAAUAGCUAGUCAUAUCUUUAAUCCAGCUGUCUUUUCUCUCUCCGUAAACGGUGUUCUGUCAUCGCGAGCGAUUAUACCAUUGUGCGCGCGUGAUAGUGGUGCAUUUGCGUUUAUUCACGUUUAAUUGGCGCUGCUUCUGAGCGCAUAGGCGUGCUUACUUGUAGCGGUUGAGUUAUUUUACUCUUUUUAAGGAGAACUGGUUUUCUAGCGCGUAAGAUCAGAUCAUGAAUUCCGGCCAAACGGUGAAGUGCAUGAGUGAUGGAGCUGGAAGUGCAGGCAGAUGCGUGGAUGAUGACGCGGAUUCAGACAGACCUGCUGGCGGAGACUCGCUGAUGGCGGCCGAGGAGAGACAUGCGAGAUCCGCCAGUCCCCGCGGUGUGAACGGAGACGAUGACUCUGAAGCGGAGUCCCAUCAGGACGGCCGGAACGUGGAUGUGGACCGGGAGACCAGGAGGAGGGCGUUCAGCUGGUGCCGCGACUUUCUAUCCGGAUCAUGGAAGGCUAUAUCGGAGCAUGACUUUCAGAUCAAAAUAGUCAGCGGAGGACUCAGUAACCUGCUGUACAUGUGCAGUUUACCCGACGACGUUCAGCCCACCGGGGUCGAACCUCGACGAGUUCUGCUCCGGAUCUACGGGGCCAUUCUACAGGGAGUGGAUUCUCUUGUUUUGGAAAGUGUGAUGUUUGCCAUUUUAGCAGAGAGAGAGUUGGGCCCACAUCUCUAUGGCAUUUUCCCAGAAGGGCGUCUAGAGCAGUACUUGCCUAGUGAUCGCUAUGCACGUCUGGAGCAGUUAGGGUUCCCAGAGAUCUCAGCUGAAAUAGCCAGUAAAGUGGCACGAUUCCAUGGGAUGGAGAUGCCAUUCAACAAGGAACCCAAAUGGCUGUUUGGAACCAUUGACCGGUAUAUGGAACAAGUCAAAACGAUUAAAUUUGUGCGCGAAGCACACAUAAAGAAAUUUAACAAGCUAUUGAAGUAUGAUCUUCCUGCAGAACUGGAGAAUCUGAGGUCACUGCUGGCAGCUACUCCCUCUCCAGUUGUGUUCUGCCAUAAUGACGUACAGGAAGGCAAUAUCCUCCUGCUGGAUGGACGAGAGAAUUCAUCUGACAAACUAAUGCUUAUUGAUUUUGAAUACAGCAGCUAUAACUACAGAGGCUUUGAUUUUGGAAAUCAUUUCUGUGAAUGGAUAUAUGACUACACAUAUGACCAGUGGCCCUUUUACAAGGCAAAGGUGGAGAACUAUCCCAACAGACAACAGCAGUUACAUUUUAUCAGACACUAUCUGUCAGAAAAGGGGGGCAUUGCACCUGCAGACCAAGCCAGGAUAGAAGAGGACAUUAUCAUUGAGGCAAACCGGUUUGCCCUUGCUUCUCAUUUCCUCUGGGGCUUGUGGUCCAUUAUUCAAGCCAAGAUCUCCAAAAUCGAGUUUGGAUAUAUGGACUAUGCACAGCACAGGUUUGACACAUACUUCAAACAGAAGAGGCUUUUUUCCUAAAUUGUGCUUGAGGAUAUCAUUUUACAUCACCUAUUGUUUCGAUAUUGAUUUAAAAAGAACAUUCAAGAAAGGGCACAGUACAAAACAAUUAAGAAUGCUGAAGAAUGGUUCAUCCUGGGGAACAUUAAUUUUAGGUAAUGAAACAUCCAAAGAUACCCUGCCUUAAAGUCACAUUUUGUUGGGCUUUAUAGUUGUUCUUGUCCCUACCAAAAACUUAGAAGGUGAAAAGUUGCAAAAAAUCUGCAACUGUUAGGAUAGUAUUUUGUGACCUAGAUACAUUUCAUGUACUGUUCGUACCUCUUGAUUGUACAAAACGAACUGUCAGUUUAUUUAUAAUAAUGUAACUGCAUUAUUUAAUGUGUUUACUUUUUAUCUAACUUGCGUGUGGUCAACAUUAUCUAUUAAUUCUAUUAAGAAUCAAUCCAUCCAUCAUAAUUACUGUGUAAACCACAGGGUCCAGUUAUGUCUAUAAAUUGAAUUUCUUUUGUAUUUUCAUCUGAAAACAAAAGCUGUUUAACUGUUUAAUUUUCCUCCCCAGAGUUUUAAACAUUGCAAAAUGAUUGCAUCCUGCCUAUAUUUACAUACUGUGAAAAACAUUGCACGUCUUCUUUAAACUCAGGAGUCAAUUAGUUGAAUGGCACAUAAACUACUCUUUCUUUAUGAUUUUAAUGGCAUUUGACCUUCAGUUGGAAAAAUUAUUAAUAAUCGCAAAUAAUGUCUUGAGCUAUGUAUGCUGUGUUUUACUUGGGAUUUGACCAGUCUCUGCUCUGCCAUAUUUAUAUGUAGCAAUAACUAUUGUCUACACCAUAAGCUGUCUUGUAUGCAUUUGUAUAUAGGUUUGAAUAUGGUCUGUACUGAACAUAAAAGAAACGCAACCUCAAGAACAGAAUUUUAAUUACUAUACUGUCAAAUGCCUUUGUCCCAACAUAAAUUGAUUUUAUGUACCUGCUGAUUUGGUUUUCUGUUUUAAUUGUUUUAUGUUAAUUUAUAUUUUUUAUUUGUCUAAAGCAAGUAUACUGUGUUUUGUUCAACCAAAUGGUAAAAGCUUCUCUGAAUGAUUCCUGAAGAAAAACAAUACAAAUGAAGGAAAGUAGCGUUAUACAGUGAAUCAGUGGGAUCAUCUUACGAAUCAUGGUACAUUUUUGGAAUCAUUUUGGGGGAUUCUGAAUGGCCAAAUCGAUGCUCCUGUAUUUGUCCCGAAUCAUUUUCACAAUGCUUUCUUUAUCGUAUGUUGUAAGUUAAGAAACAAAAGAAACAUUGGGGGACCAUGAACAUUUUAGGCUGGGCCACUUUAACAUGCUCCCAACAUCAUUGUUGGUAUUGAAUCUGUGAUUUUUAAAUAUUGAGUUGAGAAGCAAUGGCACUGUUAAAACCAAUGUUAACUUCUAUAAUUGCUUUGGCUUAUUUAAGUUAUACUGUAAACUUGUCCCUGGUAUGUUUCCUUUUACUCAUUUGCUGUGCAGGUAUCCAUUAAUUUUGCUCAUUAAAAAAAAUCAUGCUGA